UGUGACGGUGAACGACGUAGCACAGCGCCAUCAUCUCGGGCUUGAUGUUACUGUACUGUGUUGUGUAAUUUAAUUUAUUAAAUUUAUUACAAUUCGUGUAUCUUUUUGGUGACAAAAUAACCGUAAUCUGUGUGUGGAUUGUAACAGUGAAAUAAGUAAAAACGAGGUAACCCGAAUGACAACCAGUGGCUGCUAAAGGAAGAAGAUCCAACAACGCACAUCGCGUCCGACCGACAUCUUGUAGUUUCCUCUUUGUGUAUUUCGCCAUUCUGGACUUUUUUUUGGAAACCGCAGGUAGAAAAUCCUUCCAACUGCGUAAUCGGAAACCGGUUUCCAGAUUUUCAACAACCUUGAAAGAUGGCACCGAAAAAAACCAAUAAACGGAACCACCAACCGAAGGGGCCCUACUACUUCUUCAUGAUGGAGUUCAAGAAGAAGCAGGAGGCCGCCGGGCACUACUUCCGUGGCGGGGUACACGAGGUUCAACUGAAGGCGUCGCCCAGAUGGAAUGCAAUGAGCAACGAUGAAAAGGAACCCUAUAUGAAGAUGGCCCGUGAGCAUCGGGAGUUUUUGAGAGAAAAUGGCGAAAAAUAUACCUCUCAGGGCAUACCGCUGACCAUGGUAGAAGCGGAGCAGAAGGCAAAGGUAGCCAAAGUCGAUAUGAUAAAGAACACAAUCAGCGACAUGCUGGACAAGGCCGUUGCCAAUAAUGAGCUGGAAAAACUGGAAUUCUACUUCAUCUCCUUCGCUUACUUUUGCGUCACAUCCGGCGGAACGUACAUCCCGGCGGAAAUGGGCUUGGUGCGCUACAGCCUGAAGGACGGUGUAAUGGACAAACUGCACAUGUUCAUCAAUCCGGGAAAGCUUCCCCUGGGUAUGGCAUACGAUGCCAAGCAACAUUCGGAGACUGACCAUCAGCUUCCCAUCCCACCGGAUGCGAUGGGCGAGAAGGACAACGAUGAAAUUAUCCUGAAGAUGUUCAGUUUCCUGUCCCAGCAGGAAAAGAUGCCCCCGCUGUUCACCGAAACCAACGAUAUCAAGAUGGUGGAGAACAUUCUGAAGGGAAUAUUGAACCAAGGAUCAAUGGAUGAGAACACUCUGCUCGUGUGCCCACUGUCGGAGUUGUUUUACCAAUUGAAGCGUGCUACCGAGAGCUUUGGAUUAGACAUCAAGACCUUCCCCUCAGUGCACAUUGCGCAGGCCAUCAUUCAGAAGGACGUUUACGAAUACACCAAGGAUAUCUCUUGCGAUGCCCACGAGGAACAAGGUAAUGGAAAGUACUGUCCUCUGUCCAGAUGCGUCCGCUGGGCUUACAUCAUAUCGGACAGUUGCUGUCUGGAUCUGAGCCUCGAGAUGAAACCAGGAAGGCAUCUACCGAUGAAUGCCGAUACAGCCCUCUGCAACACCACGGACAUUGGCGAUACCAGCUCGUACAUCAGUAACCAGAUGGAUAACUGUUCGUUUGUUUCAUCGUCGGAACUAACCCACGUUACGAAUCCAAAGAUGCAGAAAUUGCCAAAGAGCCACUACGAUUCGUUCGACGAGAAGGGCUCGAAGGUAUUCAGCCAUAGCCGUGGCUUGGGGGCGUCAUCCUCCGGAUUCAAAGAUUACGAUUACAGUCGGAAGAAGAUCAAGGACGAAUAUCCUGCCUUGGGCGACUCGAUGAAGUAUGAAACCUCGAGCGUCACCAGCAGCAGCAGCAGCCGUCGCGAGUCUUCCCGAAGCGCUUGGGAUCGGUCGACUAGCCGCGAUUAUUCGCCGCCGCGCAGUUCACACGAUUCCUACGAUCGUCGUGAUCGCGAUCGAGACAGUAGCCGUCGUGAUCGUGACCGUGAUCGGGACUGCUACAGCAGUAGCAGCCGUGAUUACGGUCGCGAUUACGAGCGGGAUCGUCAUCGUCGCCGCGAUUCCCCCGAUUACAGUCGGGGCGGGAGUAGCCGCAGCAGUACCGACCAUCCACGCGUCAAACAGGAACGUCACUCGCCGGAUUCGGAUCGCGACGAACUGCGUCCGUCUUCGUCACGGUCCUCCGAUUCCAAUCGGAUCGUGGGAGGCUACGGUCGUGGUGCACUAUUUGCGCCACCGUCGUCCUCGUCACGGUCGUCACCACCUGGUGGUUUGUCGUCCAGCGACUUCCCCGAACUGGGGGCAAUCCGAAGUGGUGCUGGUCGGGGACUGCUGAGCAAGUAAGAGGGUCUUUUUGGGGGAGAAUAUUGAGAAUAUUGACAACAGAGGAA